CGUCCACUCAUAGCCAAAAGCAGGUGGAUUUAACCCGGAAGUGAGAUGAUGGUCGUUCCGAAGAUGAUGUCUCCUUUAAUGUACUGGCAUAAAAUCCAAAAAUGAGCGAUAGGUAUUUUAGGUCGAACAGGAAACAGCGGAACGGAAGGAAAUAUUUAACUGACGGCCUGUUUUUGUGCAUGAGCUGAAAAAGUGCCUCUGAACGGAAACGAUAUGGACGACAGUCCAACACAACAAGCGCAACAAGGACUCUCCUACACGGACAAUCUCAUCGGGACUUUACUCGCCAUCUUUGGAAGUGUGAUUGUCAGCAUCUCUCUAAGUGUUCAGAAGUACAGCCAUGUGAAACUCGCAGGAACAAAGGGGCAACGCACCUUCAACCAGACCAAGACCUGGUGGUCUGGUUUUGUAUUCAUCUGCGUCGGGGAGGGGGCCAACUUUGUGUCAUACGCCUUUGCCCCUAUUGCUGUUGUAGCACCCCUCAAUGCAGUAUCCGUCCUGACGAGCUCAAUUUUGGGUUUUUUAUUCCUGCGUGAAAAAUAUAAAGCAAAGGACUUUGCAAAGAACCAUGGGCUUGCCUUCCUGGGCUACGUUGUCAUUAUAGGAGGAACAUAUCUGUUUGUAUCAUUUGGACCAAACUCUCAUGAGAAACUCCAAGCAGAGAACAUCGUGAAGCACAUUGUCGGGUGGCCUGUUCUCCUGUAUUUGCUCCUGGAGAUUAUCGCUUUCUGCCUGCUGUUGUACUUCUACAAACAGCACAGUGCUAACUACCUUGUUAUUAUUCUGCUGCUGGUUGCUUUACUGGGUUCGGUCACAGUCAUUACAGUUAAGGCGGUUUCUGGCAUGCUUCUUUUCACCCUUGAGGGCUCCAUGCAGCUCAACUACCCCAUCUUCAGCGUCAUGUUCGUGUGCAUGGUGGCGUCCGUCAUCUUCCAGGCCAGGUUUCUUUCCCAAGCUUGUAAUCUGCAUGAUCCCUCUCUGGCUGCCUGUGUCAACUACAUCUUCUCCACCGUCUCUGCAGUGGUAGCCGGAGCCAUCUUCUACUUGGAGUUUCAGAAUGAGGACGUCCUUCACAUCUGCAUGUUUCUGCUCGGUUCUAGCUGGAUGUUUUGGGUUGUUCUCCUACUGGAAGGUCUGCAUUGUGUUUCCUCGGGGUCUUUCUCGUCACCAAACACAGGAAAAACGCCAAGAUCUUUGAGCCAUACGUCACCAUGGAUAUGGCGAAGGGCGUCCCAACCAUUCACGACAAUGGCCUUGUUGUUCAGCCGGACUUUAACGGAUCUUUCUCCUACGGCGCUCUGGUUAAUAAUGAUGGGGUGGCCCCUGCUACUCUACCGGUCAACCUGGAACAUCCAGCUGUGACUGUGAGAGGCACAAAUGCGCCUCCUGGUCAACCCAACCUGAAGACAGAAUGAAACUUAUUGCUGCCUCACAUAAAAAAAAACCCAGAUGGGGGUUUUCACCAAACCUUCUCUAGUUUCCAGUCUCGCCUUGAACUUUCAGACAUUCCCAUUUUAUACCUGCAGAACCAAAGCUUAUUAGGAAAAACAGAAAAAAAACUACCAUAAGGUUUGGGUGCUUAUUUCUAAUUUCUGCUUCCCCGCUACUUCCCCGGAAAGAGUUUGCUGUUUUCGUAUCCCUGAGGAGUUUCCGUCUCUAUAAAAGCACGUUGGGGAAACGAGGAGGUGUCUGGAUGAAGCUGGACGAUCUCUGUAUAUAUUUUAAGAAUUGAUUAAUUUUGUGUUUGUAGGAAGACAUUUGUUGAUCUCAGAGGAACCAAAGGUUGGCAGCAGAGUGAAGUGACUUAUUAAUUUUUUUAGAUAUGUUUUUCAGCACUAGCGGCCUUUAUUUUGUAUUUUUCUUUUCGACAGUAGGCAGAAAGGAAAGAGGGGUAGAGAGAGGGGGAGACAUUCGGCAAAUGUCGCCAGGUCCGGGACUCGAACCCGGGACAGCCGCUUCGAGGACUAUACCUUCUGCAUAUGGUCGCACGCUUACGCCCCUACACCAUCAGCGCCGCACCCACUCAUCAUUUUUUAUGUUGAAGUUGUCUAACAUCUUUGAUAAACACAGCAGUGACUUCCACAGAAAUUUUCUUACAGGGCUACCCUGCAUACCGGCCUGUUCUUCCAGUAAAUAUUUGUACUAAUCAAACUUCAGGGUUUUGACCAAACAUUGUAAAGUUGCAGCUGUACAGCAGAAGUUUCUUUACUUUGAAUAACUGCCUCCAACUCUGUUUUAAAUGAAGACUAAACUGCCUCUUCAUGUUGGGACUCGUUUCCCCAGUGUGAGUUAAUUUAUUUUGAUAUAUUUAUGAAUAAUGUUUCAGUCUGGUGAUUUUAAUGUACCUUUGUAAAACAAAGCUUGUUGAUGGAUACUGGAUAAAUUCAGGGUAAGCCUGCAUAAUAAAAACGGGUGACUGACA